CACAGUAACAUCCAUGAUAGGACCUACUUUGCCACACCACGAGACAUAGACAACAUCAGAACAACAGUGAUGAGGAGAAAAACGAUUUCACUCCAAUGACAGUCAAAGUGUGGCAGGUUUACUAAGUGGGCCACUGCGGGAGCAUGUGUUGUUUUACCAGCCAUACACCUCAAGUCAAGAGCUGAUCAUUUUGCUUCAAACGCCGAUAAUGAAGUCAAACCUUGAACUAUACGGCAAACACCUAGUCUUUGUGGACACUACGCACUGUGUCAACCAGUACGAAUUCCCCCUUCUCACUCUCCUAGUAAGAGAUGGACAUGGAAGAGGAGUUCCUGUGGCAUAUGCUAUUGUAAGCAACGAACGGCAGAGCACUUUGGAAAAAGCUCUUGAGAAAUUGAGAGAGCAGUUCCUGUCUCCUCCAAGGGCAUUCAUGGUUGACAAAGAUUAUGCGGAAAUCAACGCUUUAUCGAGCAUUUUCCCAGAGUCUGCUAUCCUUCUGUGCUGGUAUCAUGUUUUGCAGGCUGUUCAAAGAUGGUUAUCCAAAGCUGAGUCCGGAGUGCAUGGGCCCUCCGAUUUAAAGACCAGGGAGGACAUCAUGUCUUUCUUUUACAAACUGAAGGCUUGUAAAACUGAGGCAGAGUAUGAGGCUAGUGCGAAGAAGUUCAUUGACACAUUUGUCCAGCACCCAGCUGUGUGCAAUUACUUCCGGAAACACUGGGAGGAUUUGGGCCAUAUGUGGUCCGAUUAUGGCCGUUGCUUUGAACACCUGAACACCGACACUAACAAUGUCAUUGAAAGAUUUUUUCACAGACUGAAGUACCAGUUCCUUGGAGGUACAAGGAAUCGUCGCGUGGACGACCUUAUCCAUGUCCUUCUAGGAAAAGCCGAAGACUACUUCGGCAUUAUGAGGGAGCUGCAGGGUGCUGGACGCAUCAAGAACACAUUCAGUCACUCCCCCUCUCUCGAAGCUCCUCUUACCAUUUCCUCAGACCACACAGAAACCUCAGACCGCACAGAAAGUGAUACUCAGGUGUCUACUGUUGACAAGUUACGAAACAUUGAGGAAAUAAUCAAUAGCUGGGUAGAAAUUCCUGCAUCAAUCAAAGACAUGAUUGACAGCUUACAUAACCAUGUUUUGAGAGCUGACCUUGUCCAUGGAAGUAAGUGUCCCUACCCCACCAAUGCUCAGGACAAGACCAAAAAAAUUAAAGCAUUAUUUCCAAGCCGAAAAAGAAAGGUGGAUGCAGUUGAUUACCCUGUUAGAAAAGGUUCCAGAGGCUCAAAAAGAGCUAGAAAAUGCAAGGGCCGCUAGGACCACAUUACUUGGACAGCAUCAUGGUUACCUGGUGUACUGU